AUCGUUCCAACCCCAGCCUGCCAUCAUACCGGGUUGAUUUUUCUUCCUUCUUCACCUUCCGGCGCAGUACCGAAACCAAAAGAUCUACAGCGCUGUUCAAUUCUCAAUCACAAAGAGUGCUAGCAGAAAAAAUACAUAUAAUGCACAGCCCAUCGCCCCAGCUACUGCGCGCCUUGCGGGCAUCCAUCUCCGCCAACCCCAGCGCCACUCUCUGUGCCCAGCAGCUAUCCUCGCGGUCUCGCUCGCCCCUUUCUCGAAUCGGCAUCUCUGCGUCAACUCAGCGGUACAACAGUGACCAUGCCCGACCGACCCGGAUGAUUCCUCGCGCUCACAGCGCAAAGCCCCCGAGCCACGACCGGGGACCUCAGUCCGCGGAGGAUACGCAGACGGACUUCGCCGCCCUCAACGUCCUCGGCAAUAUCCCCUCGCCGACGACCGCUAUCGAUGCCACGCUUGACACCGGCUUCCACCUGAACAACGGCGUGAAGAUCACCGGUGGCGACGGCGUCAUGCUUGUGGGCGGCGAGGCGUUCCCGUGGCGCCCGUGGCAGGUUGCUCCUGGUGGUCGGAAUGGUAUGAUCAACAAGAAGGGCCAGUUCGAGCUUGAUGAGCAGGUGUGGGGGGUCUUGAGUCUGGUGUGGCCUCGUCCUGAUCUACUCAUUCUUGGUAUGGGUGAAUAUGUGUUCCCUCUUGCGCCGGAGACGAAAAAGCAUCUCAAUUCCCUGGGCGUCCGGGUGGAAGUGUCUGACACUCGGAAUGCCGCUGCCCAGUUCAACCUGCUUGCCACCGAGAGAGGCUUGACGGAGAUCGCGGCAGCUAUGAUCCCGAUUGGUUGGAAGGGAAAUGUCAGAAGGUAGAUGUGGUAUUGGUAUCUAACUUGGUUGCUCAUGGUGGAAGGUCUGAGACUCGGAUGUGUGCUGCGAAUGUUUUGGGGGAGGGGUGGGUCGAUGUGGCACAUAAUAUCUUUAGAGAGGGCCACGGCUGAUCCAGACAUACCUGUUCGCGUAUGCGUACAUUGAUCUUCGCUCUAAACUUGUUCUUCUUAAUGUAUACUAUGC